AGUUAAUUAUGACUAUGACUUCGUAUUAGAUGCUGUAGUUUUGCACCAUCGAUAAUAUAUUCGAGUUCGUUAUUAGAUUUGUAGGAAACGAAUCAUCUGUAUUUCCUCUCAAUCCUAAUUAAAUUAGAUUUUGAUUGGAGGCACGUUUAAAAAACAAAAAAUCACCUUCGACUUAUUUUCAAGAAAAUAAAACUUGUUUCACCAAUUCAGUGUGUCAAAAAUUUCACGUUUCUGUACUUGAGGUGCUUGCGAAGUUGCAGGGAUACAAGAAACAUGGAACCUAUAACGGUAACUGGUGUGAAUUUUUUCUGUCAAGAAAAUAGUAAGCACCAUCACACCGAUGAAUAUGAACUAGUGAAAGCUGAAGCUCCAGCUCCUGUCCUUAGAAGAGGAGAGAGUUUUUUGUUGGGUAUUGAUCUAGAUCGAACUUUUGACGUGGAGAAAGAUGUUAUCAGAAUCAGCUUUGGAUUCGGGGAAAAACCGACUGUAAUUUUGGGAACAAAAUCCGUAACUCCAGUUAAACCUAAACAUACUCAUUUUCCAAAAGACCCGCAUAUAUGGGGUGUUUUAUUAAAAGAAAAUAAUGGUAAUUCGGUCAUUUUGAAUAUUAGAAUACCACCACAUGUGCAAGUUGGUGUUUGGAAUUGUAGUCUUAUAACUACCAUAGCAGGAAAGAGAGGAAUGAGGAAAGAUUAUAAUGUAGAAAAUGACGUUUAUAUUAUUUUCAAUCCAUGGUGUAAAGAAGACGGCGUCUAUAUGGAAAAUGAAGAAGAAAGAAACGAGUACGUCUUAAACGAAACCGGUAAAAUUUGGACAGGUACAUUCAAAAAACCGAAAGGAAAACAUUGGAUAUUUGGACAGUUUGACGAAAUCUCUUUACCGGCAGCAGUUUUUCUUUUGGAAAAAUCUGGUUUAGCUACAGCUCAAAGAGGAAAUCCGAUAAUGGUCGCUAGAGCCAUAUCAGCAAUAAUCAACGCACUCGACGACGAUGGUUUAUUAGAAGGAAGAUGGGACGGUGAUUACUCCGACGGAACAUCUCCAUUCGCUUGGACAGGAACUGGUGCAAUACUGGAACAAUAUUUGGCGACUAAUGGUACUCCCGUCAAAUACGGUCAAUGUUGGGUAUAUUCUGCUGCAACUGUAACAGUCUGCAGGGCUCUGGGUAUGCCUUGUAGGUCUACUACCAAUUAUGUUUCGGCACAUGAUACGAAUGCUACUUUAACGGUUGAUAAAUUCUUCGAUAUCUUUGGUGAGAAAAUUGAAGGGGGUCUCGAAGGAGCCGGUAACGAUUCCUGUUGGAACUUCCACGUCUGGAAUGACGUUUGGAUGACGAGACCAGAUUUACCUCCAGGUUAUGGGGGUUGGCAAGUUAUCGAUGCCACUCCACAAGAGGUUAGCGGUACUGUCAUGAGAUGUGGACCAGCAUCUAUAGUUGCUGUUAAAAAAGGAGAAAUUGGUUUUUUGUAUGAUACGCCUUUCGUAUUUUCCGAAGUAAAUGCUGAUGUGGUUCACUUCCAAGAGAACGAUGAAUCCGAUUGGGGAUUCAGCAGAAUAUCUAUCAACCAAUAUCAUGUAGGAAGAAUGAUUUUGACUAAGAGGUUAGGUCCAACAGACGAUAACGGAGAUAACGACUAUACAGACAUAACGGAUCUAUUCAAAAACAAAGAAGGUUCCGAAGCGGAACGUUUAGCAGUUUACAAUGCCGUUCGUGGAGUACCUAAAGCUAAACACAUCUACGAUAUCCCCGGUAAUGAACACCAAGACGUAGAAUUUGAUCUAGUCGAUAUCGAAACCGUCCCGUACGGACAUAAAUUCAAUAUGCAAGUUCGACUUGAAAAUAAAUCGGACGCCGUCAGAACCGUCAAGAUAGUAAUGACAGCGUCAUCUGUUUAUUAUAUGGGUACUACGGCGAACGAUAUAAAAAAAACCAGAGGUACUCUGAAACUCGAACCGCAUCAAAGAGAAACUGUGAGACUUGAGGUGUUUCCUAAAGAUUAUCUGAAUAAAUUGGUGGAUCAUUUUUUUGUCAAACUUUAUGCCGUAGCAGAUGUUGAAGAAACUAAACAAGUUUGGAGCGAAGAAGAUGAUUUCAAUUUGACCCUUCCCGAUAUAAAAAUUACUGCGCCAGUUAAGGCUAAUGCUGAAGACAAAGUGAAUAUUAAAUUCAGUUUCCGAAAUCCUUUGGAAAUUCCAUUAACUCAGUGUUCUUACACUGUUGAAGGACCAGGAAUAAAUAAAAAAGAGAAUCAUGCUGAUGUGAAACCAAAAGAAACGAUCGUCAUGUCGGCUAGUUUUGUAGCUAAAAAACCAGGAUCCAAGAAAAUCAUCGUCAAUUUUACUUCUAAAGAAAUUCAUAAUGCUCACGGAAGUACGAAUAUUAUUAUUGAAUAAAUAUAAAAUAAUAUUGUAUUUUUUGAAUUAACCGUAUUGAUACUGAUAAUAAAUCUAUUUUCAUUUCA